GUAAUUGAUUUCAAUGUAUUAUGUAUACUCGAGAAAUUCUAAUGUAAAAUAUUUUUUAAUAAACUAAGAUGAAAUUAAAUAAUAUUUUUUUUAAACUCUUUUAGUUAAUUAAUUAUUAUAUGUCUUGGCGCACCAUCAUAGUGUAAAAGUGGACUGCUUUUGUUUUCAAGCCGUGAAAAGAAAGUAGAAACUGAUAAUGUCUACCUUAAUUCAAUCUUAUGAACAACAAUAUUCAGUUUUAACAGCGGAGAUCACGUCUAAAAUUGGUCGACUAAAGUUGGGAAAUGACGAUAAUCCUGACAAAUUAUCUAGAGAGAUACAAUCAAGUUUUGAGGAAGCCAAUGACUUGCUGGAGCAAUUGGAAUUGGAGUAUCGUGGUUCAGGUGUUGGGUCCAGGGUCGCCGCCUAUCGUGCUGAACUGCAGCGUGUUAAAGAUGAAUACCGCUCUGUGAUUAGCAAUUCUGCAGCUUACAAUAUUGAUCCUGAUGAUUACGAAGACUGGUCGACAGUAAAUGAGCAAAAUCAGAAGCUGUUAGACAAUUCUGAGAGGUUGGAGAGGUCUGGCAAAAACCUUACUGAAGGCUAUCGUAUCAUACUGGAAAUGGAACAAAUUGGUAAUGCAGUUCUGCAAGACUUACAUCAUCAAAGAGAAACUUUACACAGGACUAGGGCAAGGUUACGAGAAACGGAUGCAGACCUAAACCGGUCCACUCGUCUGGUGAAGGGAAUGAUGAUGAGGGCGAUACAGCACAAGGUUAUAUUGGCAUCAGUGGUUGGUGUGAUGGCUGUGUUAGGAGUAAUUGGAAUAUACUUUUACGUCACGUAGCUGCACACUCCAGGGUCGCAUUGUUUGACUACACAUCACAAGUCAUCAUCGUACCUGAUUCACCAAGCGUUCCAUUAUUUUGAUAAAUGAAUUUUAUUUGCACUUUAUUCGAACACAAACAGAUAAUAAAUAAAUGUAGAGUUUAGAUAAACUAGUCAAUAAAUAUCAUCUUUGUGGAGGAAGAUACAUAUUAUAAAUUGUACCACAGUGUUGUGUUAUAGGCUAUGCUGUUAAAAAAAAUAGGCUAAGCUGUAGACGUGAUAAAUGACAGCUAGGCUAAGUGUUGCCAGUGCAAUUUUAAAUGAUGGCGUAUGGAAAAGAAGAUGACCUCGUGUCUACUUUUAUAUUUAACUAGCGUAUAUAAGAUAUAAUUGUGUGAUAUUUAUGUAAAUAAGAGACGUUUAAAAUAUAUUGCAAUUAUGUUGUAUUGCACGUAGUCAGUAUUGAUUGUAGACAUUAGAUAGGAUAUUGCAAUUUU